AAACGACUUCCACCCCAAAAGUAGCUGAAUAAUCGAAGCAGGAGAUCCAAGAUGUUCAAGAUCAUCGUCCUGGUUGCCUGUUUGGCCGUCAUUGCCUCUGCCCAGUUUUACGGAGGAGAUCACGGCCAUCAUGAGGAAGAUCACCACAGCCAUCCGAAAUACAAAUUCGAGUACGGAGUCAAGGAUCAUCACACCAAGGAUCACAAGAGCCAAUGGGAAAGCCGAGAUGGUGAUCACACCAAGGGACAAUACACCCUGGAUGAAGCUGAUGGAACCCACCGUGUUGUGGACUACACUUCCGACCACAAGGGAGGAUUCCAACCCCAUGUCCAGCGCAAGGGUCAUGCCAAGCACCCACACCAUGGAGAGAGCUAUGCCAACAUUGAGCAACAUUAUUGAAAUGCGUGAAAUGUGUUUUCUGUUAUCUGAGCAGAAAGGACUGUAAUUAAAUUUAAAUUUUUCUGCAGCAUAAUUCUUAUCAUCGAAAAUAACUUUCUUCGAAUCAACCCUUACACGUCAAGAACCGCAUAUAGAUUAAAUCUGAGGAAAAUCGA